UGGCACUGGUAAUUUUGUUAUCAUCUUUUAGACGCCUACAGGGUCGUCUUUAACUAAAUAUUUUUUCCCCAAAAAAGUGGAAUUCAUACCAAAACAACUUCACAACCCUAUCUAGCAUAACCAAAAUGUAUAUGACCGUCACUUCUUCAUUAAAUGUAAAGAUUUCUUAGAACCAUUUUGUCUAAAUUUAAUGAAUUACUUUAAUAAAUCCCAAAUCCGGACCAUACAUACAUGAAAUAAAAUUAUAGGAUAACUAAAAAAUGCAAAUGCAUUUCCCUACAUGAUGUGGUCAAGUAAAGUCGCGAGAUUCCUCGUAGUUCUUCUAGUGGUUCUGGUUAAUUGGGCUCCAAUAACCAACAGUUUCCUAUUGAGUUUCACCGAUACCUCCAAUCGAACCAACAGUAAUGCCUUAGAAGCAAUAAACUCCCAAGACUUAUACGAGGAGUCCAGAAAACGCAAGAAAAAGGGACGUUAUUUCUAUGGACUCAUUCUGGGAGCUAUUUUAGUUAAAAUGAUUCUGUUUCCUUUAGCUGUGAAAGCUAUGGCAGUCAUGUCGAGCGUUUCCAUGAUUCUAAGUACUUUAAGUCUGGUUAUGUCUUCUAUUGUUGGAUAUGCCAAGUUGGCUUACCAGAAAAAAAUUGAACCUAUUGUUAAAUUGGUUCACGUUAAUGAUGUGUGGGCAAAAGGAGACGACGGACCGCCAGCUUAUAUUCCACAUGAUAGCAUUGAAUAUGGGCCUAAAGUACCGCUGGAACAAACCCAUUUUAAUACAUAG